AUGGCAUCCAAGCAGCCAGGGAGGCUGGGCGAUCCAGACAUGUGUCUGGCCACGGAUCCUCGCGUGCACCCCAAACUCCGAACCCUGCUCCACCAAUGGGGAGUUGAGAAGAACACGCCCGUCUCAACCGUUUCCAAAGACGGGCCGCUCGAGCCCAUACGGGAAAUUGUGUCCAAAGCCGACGAGGCCCAAGAAGCCUUCUACAGCAUAGCAGAACUCCCAAACCUCGAAAGGUUCCCCUUCCCAUCCAUCACAGCCUCUGACAAGCUCAUUCCGGAACCUGACGGCACGCAGCUGCGCCUGACCAUCCGAAAGCCCUCAGCAGGCGCUGGAGACGGGCCCCUCCCUGCCCUGGUCUACUUCCACGGCGGCGGCAUGGUCUUGGGCCCAACAGACAGCCCGCCGCAGAACAGCUGGGCCGAGGCCCUGGCGGCGACAGGGCUCGUGGUGGUCACGGUGUAUUUCCGCAACGCCUACACCAAGACGGGUGAUUACCCGUUCCCAGCCGGUCUCAACGACUGUGCGACGGCCGUCCGCUGGGUUCACGAGCACCGGUCGGAGCUGGGGGUCGGAAAGCUCAUUCUCCAGGGCGAGAGCGGCGGGGGAAACCUCGCCACAGCAACCGCGCUGAAGGCGAACAAGGAGGGGUGGGUCGACACUAUUGAUGGCGUCUUCGCGGUGGUCCCCUACAUUGCUGGCGCCAUGGGCCAGUCCAGGGAGUGGAAACUUGCUGAGCUGCCCAGCCUGGUCGAGAACGACGGCUACAUGAUGGACAUGGCCACUGUUGCGCUGUACGCCAGGAUGUACGAUCCCUCUGGGGAAAAUACAACGAACCCGCUUGCUUGGCCGUUUUGGGCCAGUGACGACGAGCUGCGGGGUCUCCCGCCUCACAUGAUCGUCACGGCCGAGCUGGAUCCGUUCCGGGACGAGGGCAACGAAUACGCCAGGAAACUGGCCAGGGCGGAUGUCAAGGUCGUAGGGAGAACAACUCUUGGCAUGGUUCACGGGGCUGAGUACUUUGUCAAGCAGACUUUGGUGGAGUUCUUUGAGAAUAGUGUGUGGGAGAUUAAGAAGUUUAUUGACGGGCUUUGA